GAGGAAUUGAUUGGGUGGUCGCGUGCCUACGAGUGCCUACGAGUGCCUAUGCUCUUCUCUGAUUCGCCUUUUUCCCUUCGUAAACUCUCUGCCAUGACUUUUCGCUCUACCGCCAACCGCCAUAGGAAACACUAUCGCCAGAUUCCGUAUAGUCACGGACUGAGUCAACCUACCGUGCCGCCGCAUCAGCCUUCGCACUUUUUGUGUGAUUGAUGUGCAGCUCGACUUGACAUAGCCUCCAAAUCUCUUCAACGACACGCCCAACAUUUUAUUUCGAUAUCUUUCACUCUAGGCUUAUUCCAUGAAACCGUCAUGAGCCUAUCGCCCAAGUCCAAACCCUUUGAAUCAGAUGACAAGCCUGCUGUGUCUCAAGAUGCUACCGGCCAGCAGACUCAGUAUUCCGUUGUUAAGUCCGCGGCAAAGUCGGACCAGGGCGCUCUGAACGUCACUUUGGGAGGGGGAAUCCGAGCAUCCUCCCCAGCCCCAUCACUCAUUUCUAUUGAUGAUUCCAACAAUAUACGACUCGGGAGACAACCAGACUACCUGCCUGUACAAUAUUCCCACCGACAUGAUUCUCUAUCGCCAGCUCCGAGACCACGGACGUUGAAGGGCAGGAUCUCUGCCUUCUGGAAGGCAAAUAAGGGUCUGGCGCUAGUACUCAUCUCACAACUUUUUGGUACCGGAAUGAACGUCACCACUCGAAUGCUCGAAGUUGAAGGCAACAAUGGCAAGGGAUAUCAUCCUUUCCAGAUACUUUUCGCUCGAAUGAGCAUCACCGCUAUCUUUGCUACGCUCUUCAUGUGGUACAAGAAGACGGAGCAUUUCCCAUUCGGAAUGAGAGAAGUCCGACCUUUGCUUGUCGCGAGAGGUCUUUCUGGGUUCUUUGGCGUUUUUGGAAUGUAUUAUUCAUUGAUGUAUCUUCCCUUGGCCGAUGCUACCGUCAUCACCUUCUUAGCCCCAUCAUUAGCAUGUUGGGCAUGUUCGUAUCUCAUCAAAGAACCAUUCACUCGCAUGGAGCAGAUAGCUGCAUACAUAUCUUUGUUCGGAGUUGUGCUGAUCGCACGCCCCGUCUCGCUAUUCACCUCGUUAUCAAACACUCAAGAUCCUCCACCUGAUAGCGCAAAUGCCGAUUUACUCCCUGCUCCGACAAAUGCAACUUCCCCAAUUGCUUCAAAUUACGACAGCGUCACGCCUGCUCAGCGUGCAGGAGCUGUUGGCGUUGCGCUUUUGGGGGUCUUCGGCGCUGCAGGUGCUUAUACAACCAUUCGAUGGAUCGGAAAGCGAGCGCAUCCCCUAAUCAGCGUCAACUACUUUUCAAUCUGGUGCACGAUAGUGUCAGUCGUAAUGAUGCUUGCGAUCCCCGAGGUCGGCUUCCUGCUUCCUUCAGGAGUUAGAGACUGGUGUUUCCUCGUCUUCCUGGGAAUCUGCGGCUUCAUCAUGCAGUUCCUCCUCGCCGCAGGCCUUCAAUACGAAAAGUCCAGUCGCGCUACCAACAUGGUCUACACGCAGAUGCUCUUCGCUUUGACCUUUGAUAAACUGGUCUGGGGAACAACGCCGGGGUGGUUGUCUAUCAUCGGCUCGUCAUUGAUCUUGGGUUCUGCCAUAUAUGUGGCGAUGAACAAACAAGAUCCUUCGAAGACGUCUCAAAGGGAGGAACGAGGUAACGGAGAAGAAGAGAGGGGCCUUAUGGUUCCUGAUAAUAACGGAGAUGACGAUUUUCAUGGGGAUAUUCAGCUGCGGUCUAUGAGGUGAUUUACUCCUUACUCUACGGAACCAUCUUGUCUUUUACGCACUUUACGGAGUUAUGACGAUUACGGUGCAUUUGCAUACAUAGAUCCAAAAGGAAACAAUGCAUAUAGUCCUGUUACGAAUAUCAUAUCAUUUAU